CAACGUUUAUCGCGAACAUACUUCUCUGCUAUUGUUUGCCAGCACGAAACAAAAUGCGAUAACACAACCUGAACAUCACGAUGUCGGGGAUCGCGAGUAUCCUGAAUGGAACGGUGAACGGGGCUGCAGGAACAGCACAGGGGAAAGCAGGCACAACGAUCACAACCUUUUCCAUCUCUUUGGCUGCUGGUUUUAUCCUUUUCGCAACUCAGUUCAGCAUCUUCCUAAUCAUUAGGAACUAUCUAUGGGCGAAACGCAUCUACCAACCACGAUCAUUCUUGGUACCGGUCAAGCAAAGGAUCAAACCACCUCACAACAAUCCAUUCAAAUGGCUCUUCACCGUUUUCCAGAUCAAAGAAGAUCCCGAAGUCCUGGGAAAGGCUGGCAUGGAUGCAUACUUCUUUCUUAGGUUUCUCAGCAUGUGCCUGAAGAUCUUUACUCCCAUGGCCAUCAUUAUCGUGCCCAUUCUGAUACCUCUCAAUGUCAAGCAAGGAAAAGCAACCAAUACCAUUGCAGGGGUCACAUACAAUAUUACAGGACUUGAUACUCUGGCUUGGUCAAAUGUCUCUCCUGCAAAUAGCGACAGAUAUUGGGCUCAUUUGAUCUUAUCAAUUGGAGUUGUGGCCUGGGUUUGCUUCAUGUUUCACCAAGAAUUGAUCCACUACAUCACCAAACGAGUGGAAUACAUCAGCAGCCCGGGUCACUUAUUGAAAGCAUCCAGCACAACUGUUCUCAUACAGGAUAUUCCAGAAAAUCUCUGCAAUGAAGCAGCAUUGGAAGAGUUAUAUGGCGAUUUCCCUGGUGGCAUCCGACGAAUCUGGAUCAAUCGAGACUUUACCACGAUCGUGAACAAGGACAAGCUUCGAAAGUACUACGAAAAUCUUCUCGAAAAUGCCGAAACCGAUCUUCUACGGAAAGUGGCUAAACGAAGUCGGAAGGCAAAGUCGCACCAGGCAGGAAACUCGGUUCAAGCUUCAGAGCAGGUAGCUCCAGAACACCAACCUGAAGAACAUCCUGCGCGCCCGGAAAUGGGUCCCCCAACUCCUGAAGCUUGUCGACGAGAUCUGGAAUAUGACCUCGAAACAAAAGCUGCGUGGAGCAGAUUCCUCGCGCCAAAAAAUCGAGCAACUAUGAGGAUACCCAAAGAUGGGCACACAGCAGCAGCCAAAAUUCCCCUUAUUGGCCGCUUCUACACUACAAAAAUCGACACAAUCUACUAUUGCCGCAGAGAACUUGCUCGAUUAAACAAGGAAAUCGAAAUAGAUGCUCAGACACCAGACGCUUAUCCACAAAAUAUGUCAGCUUUCGUACAAUUUAAUUCUCAGAAAGCAGCACACAUGGCUUGUCAGUCCGUUGCCGACACCGCUCCUCGGCACAUGAAGAGGAGAUUGGUGGAGAUCUCACCUGGAGACAUCAACUGGCCCAGCUUGAAUUUGUCCUGGCGUUCUCGCUACAUCCGCCUUGUUGGCUUCUUGUUCCUUUUCGCCAUUCUAUUGUUCGCAUUCGGUCUCAUCUCGGUAUUCACAGGCAUCUUGUCUCGAGUAUCGACUUUGUCCGGAUCAACCUCUUGGCUCAAAUGGAUCGGCAGUCUCCCUCCAUGGCUACUUUCCUUCAUCCAAGGUACUCUGCCACCUGUCAUCCAAGUCAUUGUCCUUAGCGGCCCACUCCCGAUUCUCAUCCGCCUCUUAACAAAUAGGACGAGAGGUGCAACGACCGGCCAAGAAGGCGAACGCUCACUCCAGCUUUGGUACUUUAUUUUCCUGCUCGUCGAACUUUUCAUCAUACCCACCGUCUCGUCCGGUCUUACCAGCAUCGUUGAAGAACUCAUCCGCACUCCCACAUCAGUGCCAAAUAUUCUCGCCACGAAUCUACCGACGGCAGCCAACUACUACUUCUCAUUCUUGAUCUUGCAAGCACUGUCCUUGAGUGCAACGUCGAUCUUGCAGACGAUUCGAUUGUUCAAGUUCUAUGUCAUUGGUCACGUCAAUACGCCUGAUUCGGUAUUCGAGAAAUUGAGCUGGACAAAUUUAACGCGUAUUGGCAGUAAUGUUCCAUGGUAUACUACCUUUGCAGUUAUUGGACUUGUCUACUCGACCAUCGCGCCACUGAUGCUACUAUUCAUGUUGAUCACUUUCAGCCUCUUUUGGGUCGUGAUCAAGAACAACGUCCUCUAUUGCGUACGAACAGGCACCGUUGACGGAGGUGGACUCUUUUUCCCAAGUGCCAUCAACCAACUAUUCACCGGCCUCUACUUCAUGGAGAUUUGUCUUAUCGGCCUCUUUUUCCUAGUCCGCGAUACUCAGGAUAAAGUCGCUUGUGCUGCGCAGGGUAUCAUCAUGGCGGUGGUUUUUGUCCUCACAAUCUUAUACCAGAUAUGGUUGAUGAAUCAUCUCGCUCCAUUGUUCAAAUACGCUCCUAUUCGUUUGGAGGCCGAGUCCAAAGCUUUACUAUCCGAAGACCAAGAAGAACGGAGAACAGCAAGUCGUGAGACUCAUGAUUCUUCGAAGGAAAUCAACCCUGCACCCCAAGAUGAAGAAAAAGACCUGGACCUCACCCAAAACAGCUCUACAGAUCAUAACCUCGAACCAAACAAUCAACAGAGACCACCCCUCUGGCAACGACAAUCCUCAAAUCGCUCCAAAGACCUCCAAGCUCAACAGCGCGAGGAUACCAAAUCCGCAGCACGCAUCCUAGCCCGUCUUAAUGCUCCUCUAAAUGAAGCCCGACUUUCGCAUCUCGAGCACAAGCUUGCUGGACCCUCGGCCGCUCUGACCAACACCCUCCUGCCCCGCCGCGCCGACAUCGAAGCCCAGAUGCUCGACGAUCCGAUCUCCAAGGUCAUUAUGCAGCACAACGACGAGCUAGAGAAUCUCGAGCCAGAAGAUCGUGAUCUUUUGAUCUCGGUUGCGUUCAUGCAUCCGGUGCUAAGAGAAACGAGUCCCUGCGUUUGGAUCCCGAGGGAUGAUGAGGGGGUGAGCGAUGAUGAGGUACGCAGAACGAGGGAGUUGAGUGCCGAUGUGGUUAUUGAUAAUAGGGGAGCUUUCUUCGAUCGGAAGCUGAAGGUGCAGGUUGAUAAGCAGCCGCCGGAUAUGUCUGAGUUUGCGCUUAUCAUGGCAGAGUUGUAAUUUUGUAUAUAGGGCCCUUUUCUUUGUCAGAUACCCAUCUUGAAUCCAGUUGAACGACC